AUGAACGACGUGGCUACCGUGAUUUCCGUGAUUCCCGUGAUGAUCGAAGCUACCGACCAAGCCGUCGCACUCGCAGUCGAUCGGUACCCAGGGAACGAGAUCGUGAUAGAGACAGAGACAGAGCUCGACCACGGUCCAUAUCCCGUGACCGAGACCCCGACCGCCGUCGCGACAGAAGCCGAGACCGUGAUCGUGACCGUGAUGACUACCGCCCACGUCGCAGAUCCCCUUCACGCCGACGUUCACGUUCACGAUCUCGAUCUCGUCCUCGUGCCCCCCGAGAACAGCGCUCUCGUUCACGAUCUGCCGCCCCGCGACGAAGGUCACGAUCUCGCCGUGCCUCACGCACUCGACGGCCUUCCCCCGCUAGACGGGCCUCUCCGACCAGAAAAGCAUCCCCUUCUCUUGAUAUCGACCGUUAUGUGCCGUCGACUAGCAACAGAAGCAAAUCACCCCGUCGUCGGGCCCGCUCCCCAGAUCGCGAACAAAGACCACGACUUGGCGAAAUUGAUCGUUACGUCCCUGGCUCCGAGCGAGAGAGCGGCAAGGAAAGAGAGGUCAAAAAUACAACAGAGCCGAUUAAAGACCAGGAUGACCGAAGUACUCGUCGGCGGAGUCGUAGUCGACGAAGGAGCCCGAGCCGACGUCGAAGUCGUUCACGUCGACGAAGUCGUUCUCGCCGGCGAAGCCGAGGAUAGCUAUGAAGGGAUACCCGACAAACCUCAGGAUCUACUCCUCAUGUAUUAA